UCUACAUUUUCCAUCCAAACAAUUAUGUUUAUAUGACAACUGGAAUGCCAAAAAUAUCCCGGAUAGAUUUCCGUCCGCGAGCGCGGCCUGGGUGGGGACGAGGAGCUUAAUUGGCGAUCCCGAACUCUAUCAGUUGGCCACAGACGUUUGUGGGACCUCCGUCGGUAUACAUAUUACAUUUUUUGUAAGUACAUCAUCUUCAUCAAAUACUAUUUUCUAAAAAGAUAUUGUAUCGCUCGAUAUAAUAUAAAUGUACAAUGUAUUUUUAUUUAACAAAAAUAAAAAAUAAAUAAUAAUUUUCUCGCGAUUCUAACCCUUCCGGAUUACGUGUCGCGAUGAUAACUCGUGUUUCGCGUGUGUACUUGUAGAUGAACAACAAUUCGAUUUGUAUAAAACGCGUUGGGCCGAUCGCGGUGAUUUGGUAAUUCGUAUUAACGUAUUUUUUCUUUUCGGUUCGUAUACAAUAACAACACAAUUUUAUUCGUAUUGUCGUCCGCAACUUGAACUCGUUUUUUUUUUUUUUUUUUUUUUUUUUUGUUUUUUAAUAUAUACCCACACGUAAUACGCGUAUUACCUAUUUAUUUACUUUUUAGACUUCCGAAACUACUUUUUAUUUGGCUUUUUUUCGCAAUAAUUAUUCGUGUAUCGUCACCGUCUGCAGGAUUUAUCGUACUCUCGGACGCCGCAGAUACAACCAUUGUAACAUUACAAAUAUAUCGAUUAUUAAAAAAAAAAAACCGCCGAACUUUAUUAUAAUUACACUUAAUACCCCCCCCCCUUUUUUUUUUUUCUUUGUUAAUAACAAAACGAAAAAUCGUCUGGCUGGAAAAGUACACGACAUUAGACGAAAUCGCGAAGACAUUAUUAAAAACGCCGACAAUUAACUCGAGUCCUCCGCCCCCGGGACACCGGCGGUAUGACGCGCGAGUGCGGCGCGCAAAUUUCGCCGAUAAAUCGGGGGGGGGGAGGGAUAAAAAACUGUCCGUUCAGCGUAUCGCAUGACGCGACGGGUCCGCAAUAAUAUGGCCGCGCUCCCCGAAACUCGUAUGGAUACAGUUCGCUACUCUGUAUAACAUAAUACGCCGGCGCGUAUAUAAAAAUAGACGCGUCCGGAUUUUGUGGGUCGUAAAAAGGCAAUGUUGGCAGCCCGAACCGGCAGCGGCUAAAAAUAUCAACGGGAUCCGCCGAUCCCUCCCACAUAUUUUCCGAAUUGAACGUCCGUCCGCGUUUCUUCGAGAAAUCCGUUUUCAAAUAAAAUUACUCGCUCGGGAACCGGUAAAACGGAUUUUUGUUUUUGUUUUUUUUUUUUUUUUUUAAUAAUAAUUUCCCCCUCCCCCGCCCGUGAUAUUGAAUUCCAAACGGAUCGGUUUUAAAUUUAUUUUCGAUUUUACAGAGACUAGGCCCAAGAAACACUAUUAACCAUGUCUGACGAAGAAGAAGUAUACACGUAAGUCGUUUUCUCGAUUCCUACGUACCUAACAUACAUACCUAAUAACAACUAUUUCAUACGCUACAGACGUACUUUUCGAUUCAAUAUGGAAAUGGGCAUCGGUUUUUUUUCUGUUUGAUUUUCGUUGACAACCCGGUGGUUUUCAAUACAUCGACUAUUUUAGUUAAACAUUUUUAUUGGCGUAAUGAGCUCCCGCAGACACUGCGCAAAACAAAAACUGAAAUAUAUGAUGCAUAUUAAUAUUAGUCGAUUCGAAAACGUAUUAAACAUUCAUAUUUCGUGCAUCGUAUUACAUUCUUACAUUAAACCCAAAUAUAAUUGGUAAAAAUUAAUAGGUAUCUAGUUUACUAUUUUUAAUUUUCAAACGAUUUAUUUUUUUUUUUUAUUUUUAUCUACAUUAUUAAUGAACUCGAUAUAAUCAUUUAUUGUUGUCUUUGAUAUAAAUUCUAUUUCAUGCAAAAAAAAAAAAUGUGCCUAUAUAAUGGUGCGUGAUAGCAUACCUAACAUAAUAAAUAUUCUAUUACGUUAAUGAACAUAUGCAUUUUAUAUUCCUAUUCCGUUCCAGUUACACGAACCCUUCCUCCGCCGAUAUUACUCGAAUUGUGCAUCAUUGUUUUUUGUUUAUCCCCAAAUAUCCAAUAGUUUUUUUUUUUUUUUUUUUCGAUCAAUCGACUUGCAUGCAAAUUAUAACUCACAAAACAAUAAGAAAUUACGUUUCUGUAUAAAUUUGAAUUAGACAACAAUAAUAAGUAUAAGUAGUUACAUAGCGUUCAAAACAAACAUUCGACGAACGAGCAAAAAUGGGCAUUCUGCAGAAUAUCGUUUGCUUCCAAACCGUAGUUACAAUAGAUAUAUAAUUUACUAUUAUAAUAAUCCCGAAAUUCGUAUGUUUUGUCGACUUAAAUUUUUACCCUUCAAACCACGUAGUAGGAAGGCGUGUGAUUAUUUCUGUGUCAUUAAUAAUUAUUAAAUUUAUAUGUGAUAUACAUUUUACAUGGAAAAUAUUAUGUUUCAGUGAUUCCGAAGAGGAAACGUAAGUUUCAAAUUUUGUUAAUUAUAAUUUGUUCGCUUAUAAAUCGCUAUUGCAAAAGCAUUUGAAAGGAAUUUCGACGAAUUACUCGCGUGUAUAGUUGGAUAAAGAUAAAAACAAUUAUUUAUAAAUCAUGAUUGAGAGUCUGGGUGAACAAUAUUGUUUCAAAUGCAUUGUACAUACAAUUUGAGCUAAAAAUGAACUCAGUGACAAGAACUUAAAAUGUAUAGUAAAACAAAUAUAUGUGUAUAUAUAUACAGUUAUAUUUUUAACUUUUGCCAAGGAAUUCUUCACUUGUGAUUUUAAUUUAAAUUUCCAGUCACUUGAUUUUAUUUUUUUUUUUUUUUUUGCUUGAAUUUGCUUAUUUUUGCACGCUUAUCUUAAUUGUAAAUAUGUUAUAAGCCAAAUGAUUUUGUGUAUUGAGCACCCGAAUUGUUUAUUUGGCUUAUUCCUUAAUUAUUAUAAUGGAGUGUACAAAUAUUUUAAAUUUCAUUAAUUAUUGUCCUAAAUAUAGCCAAAGGUAUUUUUGUAUUUAAAAAACACAACAUUUUUAAUAGGUACUUUUGAACUAAACAUAAUAUCUGUCACCUACUUCUUUGAAAGUUCCCAAAUUAACUAAUUAGAAAUACAUUAUGGACGUUUGUACACUCUAUAUUUUGUGAUAUUCUUGGAAUUUAUCUAAAUCGUCAAUUUUUGGCGCAGGCAACCGGAGCCUGAAAAAAGCAAAGAGUAAGUUUACUGCAUUGGGAGUAAAAAGUAAAACAUGUGUAUUAAAUCUAAGUUGAUUCUAUAGUAGAAAGUAGAAAAGGCUUAGUGCAGACAAUCGAUACAUAAGCCUUUAGUUUAAGCAAUACUGUUUUCGUAGAAAAAUUAGAAUGUAGAUGGAACAAUAUAUUUGUUUAGUUGAUUUGAAAUUAGAAACGUUAUAAUAGAAACAUUAGUAUAUGUAUAAUCUAAAAUAUUAGCUAGUAUUUAAUAUUUAGAUGUUUGGUAUAUUUAGAAUGAUUUUAAAAUGUUUUAAUUAUAAAUGUCUUUUGAAGUAUAAACAAUAUAUAAAAACUGAUUUUGUGUGCAAUUUUUUUUUUUUUUAACAAUAAAUUUUGCAUGUCUGACCAUUUAUUUUGCCUGGCGAUAGGCCACAUGGCAUCGUUACUAAAAAUUAUUUUUAUUCUGACAAUAUAUCCUGUUACAGUUUACUGUUGCCAAAAUUCAAAUGACCCAUUUAUUAAUCACAAAUUAUAAAUAACACGCCCCCCGCAGGAAAAAGUAACAGAGUGUCAUCAACCCAUUAAAAAUUGAAGAAAAACACAAAUUGAUUGUUAUUAUGAUUAGUGAAUAAUCUGUUUUUGUUUUUUUGGUUUUUUUUUUUUCGGAAACUUUAGCGGAGAUGGAGAUCCCGAAUUUGUUAAGGUAAUAAUUAUUUAUUCAAUUUUACUAAAUGGCAACUACAGUUUUGCGAUGAUUUUUGUUAUUUACAAACGGUUUUGUUUCAAUUUUAUCAGAGGCAAGAAUUGAAAUCCUCAGCCUUAGACGAACAGCUUAAAGAGUACAUUCAAGAAUGGCGCAAACAACGGUCAAAGGAGGAGGACGACUUGAAAAAAUUAAAGGAAAAACAGGCCAAACGGAAGGUGAUGCGCGCAGAAGAAGAAAAAAGAAUGGCCGAGAGAAAGAAGCAAGAAGAGGAACGCAGGCAAAGAGAAGUCGAAGAAAAGAAACAGAAGGAUAUUGAGGAAAAACGUAAACGCCUGGAAGAGGCCGAGAAAAAACGUCAAGCCAUGAUGGCCGCCCUCAAGGAACAGACCAACAAGUCGAAAGGACCAAAUUUCACCAUCAGCAAAAAAGAAGGCGUAAGUUGAUAUAUCUCGAUUAAUUUGUCAUAUUCUCAACAAUAUAUUUUAUUACAAUAAAAUGAUAAUAUUAUAUUAUAUUAAAAUACUGAGGUUUUAAUUUUGGAUUAUAUCCUUAUGUAAAGGCGUUAAGUAUGACAUCAGCCCAACUCGAACGAAACAAGACCAGAGAACAGAUCGAAGAAGAAAAGAAAAUAUCGUUGAGUUUCAGAAUUAAACCUUUGAACAUCGAAGGGUUCUCCGCGCAAAAACUCCAAUUCAAAGCCACUGAAUUGUGGGACCAGAUUAUUAAGCUGGAAACAGAAAAGUACGAUCUGGAGGAAAGACAGAAAAGACAAGACUACGACGUAAGAAUUCUAUAAUUAUUUCGGAACAAGCAAACUUUCAUAAUAAUUUUAAAUGUUUUUCAGUUGAAAGAGUUGAAAGAACGUCAAAAGCAACAGCUCCGUCACAAGGCCUUGAAGAAGGGUCUUGACCCAGAAGCCUUGACCGGUAAAUACCCAGUAAGUAUGCCUACACCAUUAUUAUUGAUAGCAUACCGAUCACAAAUAUAUUCAUUUUUUGUGUAGCCCAAAAUCCAAGUCGCUUCCAAAUACGAGAGGCGAGUGGACACGAGGUCCUACGACGACAAAAAAAAGCUUUUCGAAGGAGUAAGUGUACAAGUAUUUUAUAUUAUCGUUAAAACGAAUGUUGAUCUAUACAGAGAUGUUACCAAAAUACUAGGGUUUGGAAGAGUUGAUAGGUGAAAAGAACGAAUUUAACUGGAACCAUAAAUACGAACAAUUCAUGAAAAGAAGUAGAAGUACGUAAAUCUGUAGCGAAUGUACCUAUUAUAGCUGUUUUCACGGCCAGAAAACCUAUAACUGUUGCCCAGCACGCUGUAAAAUAUUUCCACCGAUGUGUUUACCAAUAAUAUUAUUCACCCAAAUCGAUCUCCGAAUCUAGAUAUUAUUUGCACCUAUGUACUUGCAAUAAUUGUAGUUCCUAGUAUUAAACCCCGGUUUUAAGUUUUCGUACCUGCAUGCACGUUACCCAGCCCUUUUUUUUAUUUUCAUUUUUAGGGUUACAUGGAAUCGACUAAAGAGUCAAUGGAAAAACAAUGGACCGAAAGGAGUGACCAAUUUGGUGGCCGCGCUAAGGGUAAGUAAAAACCCGUCGUCGACGUAUUACGUAGGUACCUAUAUCGUGUGUAGGUAUUAUUUGAAUAGUGAAUAAUAAUUUCAUACAUUUUAACGCUGCUAAGAACCCAUUUAUAAUCAUUCUAAACUAAAAAUGGGAGGAAAAGGGUAAUUUUCAACUUGAAAAAUAUUUAAUUUUUUUUUUCUCUGACGUAGACACGUUUUAAUUGUAUGUAACAACAAUAAUUUACUAUUAAAACAAAGAAUUUAUAAAAUCAUAAUUAUAUUUCAUUAAUAAAUUAUAAAAUAACGUCGAUUAUAAAUUAGCUGAAAUAUUUUCGCGAACUUGUAAAAAUCAAAAAUUAUUUAAAUUUAAAAAAUACCGCUCUACCGAAUGAAAACAAACUAAUUCUCGUGCACUUGCACAUAUUAUUUGAUGUAUAUACUUUCGACGACAAGGUAAAAUCGUAAAUUCAUAACAUUAUAAUUAUUACUGUAGAUACUCGAUGUCUCAUAACGCUAUCCAUAAAUACUGUUAAUAUUACAUUAAAAAUGUACAUGAAAAUUGGGCCGCAAGCCUGUGAACAAUAAAAACAAACAAUAUACAGGGUGCCCCACGAACAUGUACCCAUUGUAAUGUCUCCGGAGAUAAUAAAGAUUAUCAAAUUCCGUUUUUGUUAUAUUACUCGCAUGUAUAAGGAUUACAAAUAUUUAUAUUUGAAUUAAAUUGUUAUAUUUAGGUAAAAAAUUUAAAAAAUAACUUUUAUAGUGAUUUUUAAUAAAUGUUUAUAGUUUAGAGAAAAGUACCUAUAAUAAAUUAUGCUGCGACCGCAUUCGCUAAUUGAUUAUUAUUAUAAUGGCUAAUUUACUGUAAACUUUUUCUUUAAACUUUGAACAAAUUAUUGAAAAUCACGAAUUUAAUAAAAAUAAAAAACUUAUACGUCAAAAAUUUCAGAAGAAUAAACUCUAUAAAAUGAAUAUCUUCAAAUUUUUUCUCAAACAAAAUAAGGUUAUUUUUUUUAAGUUUUUUUUAUCAAAACAAAGAUAAUUAAUUGAAAUAUAUGUAUUUGUAGUUCUUGGUCCAUAUGAUUAAUAUACCAAAAACGGAAUUUGAUUGUCUUUAUUACCCCCCGGGAAUAUUACAAUGGGUAUAUCUUCGUGGGACACUGUACCUAUAGGUUUUUAAUUAGGUACUUUUAUAAUAUUAUCUACCGUGUUAUUGUUCCGUUUAAGUUUUGAGCCAUCGAGCAUUUAUUCAGUUUCCGAUUUGUUUUAUUAUUACCAUUUUGGUUUGUUUGGAGUAUGCAAAUGGUUUACGGUAAAUAUUAGAAUGUACAUUUUAUAUUAACCGCAUGCGCUGCUGCAGCAACGAGCGCGUCACGUGUGCGCUGUUGUUUUCAUGGGUCGGACGCGCGUGUGUUUACAGGACGGCUACCGAAGUGGUUCGGUGAACGUCCGGGCAAAAAGAAGGACGAUCCCGAAACGCCCGAAGAAGAGGAACUAAAAAAGAACGAGGAAGACGAAGAACCGGAAUUCCUUCUCGACGAAGACGAAGUCGAGGAAGAGGUAUAUCAAAUGCACCGCGAUUCUCAAUCUUAAUAUUAUUGUCUUGAACUAGUAUUACGUGUAAUAAUAACGGUUUUUUUUUUCGUAUACAGGUCGAAGAAGAAGAAGAAGAGGAGGAGGAAGAAGAAGAAGAGGAAGAGGAAGAAGAGGAGGAGGAGGAAGAGGAGGAAGAGGAGGAGGAAGAGGAAGAAGAAUAAUUCCGUUUAUUAUUACAAAUACGAUGUCUGAAAGACCAAAUCCAAAAAAAUAAUUUAAAUUAUAAUAUUAUUAUACUUCUGCCUCAAUGUAAAAAAAAAAAAAAAAAAACCAAACCAUUUAAUUGUACUAUUUAAAUACUGUUUGUUUGUACAGGACAAAAUAUAUAAAUAAACACCAGAGGAAGUUUAUGUAUAGGUUGUUAAGUAUUUAAGUAUAUUAUUAAUGAUACGGAUAAUCGAUAUCGCUCCAUCUAUCUAUAUACAUUAUUCACGGCGGAACGAUGUGCUGUUGUCCUUUUUAAUUUAUUGAGAAAAAAAAAAAUAAUAACUUGUGAAUUCAAACGAGUCGUAUUUAAUAUUUUGAUGUUUUAUAUUAAAUUUAUUCGCUUCUAUAUAAAUUAGAAGUUUGUUUGAUAUUUUUAAAUUUAUAACUGACAUUAAAAACGUCUUGUUUAAUUAUUAUUAUUGUUUUCGUAUAUUCUCAUUCGUACAGAGUGGUUUAUUAUUUUUUUUUAUGAUCCAGAGAUUAUCUUCGAAGAUUUCUAAUAAUGUUGGUUUUGGUUUUAUUCAAUUGUUAUAGAAUAGCAAAUAUAGAAUAUUCAAAUAGCAACGACCUUCCUUCUUUUCAAAUCGCAUUCGAAAACGUUUACAACUCAUAUUAUACCCAAUGGUAAAUAUUCAAUAUUAGUGAUUUCAGUAUCAAAAUAUUAAGAAAAAUAUAAUUUUUUUUACGAAUUAAUGUUGAAUAUGGUAUAGGUUGCAAUUUGAAAAUCAUGUUAAUACUCAUUAUUAAAAUUACCUAGAGGUUAAUAGAUACUAUUUUUUUUUAAAUUUAAAUAACUUAAUCAACUCCAUAAUAGUUUUAAAAACAUAAAAAACAUAUCUUCCUAAAAUUAUCCGAGAAGAUCUCUGGUUCAUGAUGAAGAAUCGCACGCCGUAUAUUCGUACAGUUAUCAAAAUAUGGACACGUACUAAUAUAACUUAAAAAAAUAUAUUAGUACAUUGCGUUUAAAUUUUUAAAAUGCCCGAAACAAUUUUUGGUCUUUCAGUCACCAACCAUAUUGUAAUCAUUGUAAUCGAGUAUACAUAAUAUAUUAAAAUACAGUGUAUCGAAUAGACAAUAACAAUACACAUCUCUAAAUAGUUGGUGUAACGAAAAAAAAAUAAAUAUAAUUACACCUAGAUAUCGAACUUGCAUUUAAUAUUCAACAGUGCCAUAACUCCAUAAUAGCCAAAAACUUCUAAUAGAAAAUUGUAAGUACUGCGCCUCAUUGGCACAAAUAGGGGAGCUUUACCCAUAAAACUUAGUCGAGAACCCAAAUCAAGUAAAUACUUAGUACUUAUACAUAAUCAUUAGUAUGACGAGAACUGAAAUCCAACCCUCGUC